AUGUCUCCCACCCUGCCACCCAUCACUGUCUACAGCUCCAAGCCGACCCCCUUCAGGUUCAUCGAGUGCACCAUCGAGUCGCGCCAUUUGGAGGCACUUUUCCUCCUAGGCAACGACUGCUGCAGCGUCUUCCUGCGCCAGCUUAUCACCCGCCUCCCCAACCACAAACAUACUCCCGACGUCUCCAGGAGUACCAACCUCAAAAUCCAGUACAACUCUGACACCACCAGUGGCGCCACCACGUUCGCACCACCCUCACUCGCCAACCCUAUCGCGCCUGUCCCUUUGUUCUCGGCCAUUUCACCCAUCAACAAGAAGUUUGCCCACCCACUCCGACUCCAGGCAACUGCUCCAUGGCAUCGGCUCGGACACCACUACUACAGGACCGAGACACAGAUUAUUCACCUGGGCAAGACCAGCAUCCGUCUGCAGUACCGUUAUUUCACCGUACCGAGAAGUCAAAUCAAGCGAGAUUUCAACGAUCGAUCGCAAGAUGCGCAGUACAGUCACUUGGCGUCCGAGGACGAGCCGGAAAGACAGUUUGCAACCUCGAUUGCAACAUUAGCGUUUGUAGAGUGGGGGCAACCGAACGAGCAUGGCCAUCGAUCGAUCAAGUCGGCUCCGUCCCCCUACACGGAUUUGUCACUGAUUGUGGAGCAAACGGCUAAAUUCCAUCGCCCUGAUGGUCUUUCCAAGCGCGCAGCCGGAGGGCGGCCCGAUCAUGCUUUUAAGGUUGACCUCCCUCUCCGACCUUCUGACAUUGACCAGCUGGGGCAUGUCACCAACUCUCGAUAUGCCCUCUUGCUCCAUGACGUACUUUCACACGGUCUGGAGAAGGGAUACUACGCCAAUGGUUCAGGACCUCUCAGGACCCCUUCAACACCUCUUCCAGUCCAUUCUGGAAAGACAUUAUCGACUCUCUCUGACACAGUUGUGAACAUCCCUACAGGAUCGCAGUACUACAAGAAUGCCGACAUUCUUGAGUUCUAUGUGGGCUACGAGAACGAGUUGAAGAUCGAGGACAAUGUUGUUGUCUGGAGUUGGGUUGAGAGGGAGAAGAUUCUUGUCGAUAAGGACCAAUUGCCGUUGGAUGUUGUCGUGUUUGAAUUCUGCGCGGUGGAUGAUCGAGGACAAGAGAGACUCAUUUCGUUGUGCAGGACCGUUAUCCGUGAGCGGGUCGAGACUUUGGCGUCAUUGCCGGUGCUGAACAAGGCCGGUGCUAAACUGUAG